UAACUACGUUAAAUAUUUGCUUCAAGAUUUCAAUCCAAUUAACAAUUAUUAUGAUUCAGUCUAGUAAAUCCAAAAUGAAUCAAGAUAAAAUUAAAAUCAAUGAAGUGGGUAAGACAUUUUUUGAAAUCCAAUUUGGUGCUAAAGAAAAAAUCAUUUCCAGGUUGAAUGAUGAAAUAAAUAAUUUUAAAAAUAAAGCUGAGAAGUUCAAAAGUAAAACUAAUCGUUUGAACAUCAAAUUGAAAGAUAAUUAUGAAUAUUUAAAGAAGAUUUUGAACGAAAAAAAUAAUUUAGAAAAACUAUUAAAAGCGGAAACGUCUCAGCUAAAACAAGAAGUCGACUCUAUGGUAGAAACAAGCAUAAUUAAAUUAAAAAAAAAAGAUGACGAGUUCAUUAAAAAAGCUGGAAAACAUAAAUCGAUUACUGCUAUAUAUGUGGGAAGAUUAAAUAAGUUGGAUGAAUUUACCAAACAAGAAAAAGUACUUGAACAGAAAUACAUAAAUAUAAAAGAACAAAAUGUAAUCAUGGAUAAAAAAUAUGAGAUUGCAUUGAAAAAAAUGGAAGAAAAUAAAUUUAAAAGUGAACAAAUCCCGAUAAAAAACAUGUUAAAACAAUGCGUAGAUUUUUCUGUACACAUGAAAAAACAAUCACUGAUGGUUAAAUGUCCUGUGGAGGGAGCAAGUACCAAUGAAAUCAUUGAUUUUAAAGAAAUGUUAGACAUAGGUAAUAAACUGAGCGAAAUGCACGACAAGAAAUGUUUCGAUUUGAAGGAGGAAACUAAAGUACUUAAAGAAUUAUUGAAAUCGACCCGAGAAAUCAUUAAUGAAAAAAGUGUGGGUGAUUAUUCGAAGAAGAAAAAUGAAGUUAGGAGUUUGGGAAGCGAACUAAUGAAUGCUAAAGAUUUGCAUGGAAUACAGCAGCCUGAUAAGGAUAAGGAUACACUAUGCCAUGUGGAUAGAACGAUUCACGCGAUCGAAGUCGACGGUACUAAGGCUGAAUUGAAAUCCGUGGACCACGAAUUGCAUGCGGCCCAGGUGAAGUUGUACGACAUUCGGUCUGCCAACCAGUUGUUGGAUCGUCGGAUUUGGAAAACUGAGGACGCAUUGCUAAAUAUUUACGAGAAAGCGUCGGUUCAUUUGGGAGAGGUAUUAUCGAUACACCAAAUUUAAUAUAAAACCAGUAGUUAUAUAAUAUUAUAAAUAGCUAUAAAGCAUCCCGUAGAGUGCAGUGGGACUUGUAAUUGGUAUACUCCAACAAAAUACUUGUAAAUAUUUAAAAUAUUUAAAACUGUAUAGGUAUAAGUUAUAAGUUGAUUACUAAUACAUUUGGUGCUCAUUCAAAAUCUGAUAUAUUGAAAUUGAAAUUAAAAAAAAAACUAUAUUGCUUAUGAAUCUAAAACUAAAAAUGUAUGUGUAGAA